AUGCGAAAACAUACUCGGGAUUCCCAUUCUAAUUGUUCUGCGCUUUGUUCACAUAAUAACAACACUAGUAAUAGUAAUCAUAAGUUUUACAGAUCAGAAUCUGCCUCACAUCAUCCGCCAACCACUGUUGAAGGAACACAAAGUGAAAAGAGAGCUGACGAUAUGUCUACCACUGUUAAAAAGCCUGGCUCUCCAGAUGCCGCUAUUGACUCUAAAUUCCUCGAUAAACAGAGUCGCACAAUUGGGACAUAUGGUCUAGAGACGAUGACAAAACUCAUCUCCUUUAAGGUACUCAUUGUUGGCUGCAGUGGUGUGGGAAUUGAGGCCGCAAAGAAUCUCUCUAUGGCGGGUGUUCACUCCAUUGUUCUCUGCGAUCCAAAACGGGUGGAGCCAAAAGAUAUGGGUGUUAACUUCGCCAUCACAGAGGCAGCCAUAAAGGCAUCCCUCACACGUGCAGAGGCUUCACAGCGUUUGGUGGCGGAAUUAAAUCCAAACGUUCGGGUUCGUGUGGUGGAGACUCUCACGGAGGAAAUUGUGUCGAAUAUGAAUGCGGUGGUCUACACAUCUGCUGCCCCUGAUUGCAGUAUGAAAACCCUCACACGAUGGAAUGACUUUUGUCGUUCCCGUAAACCGGCCAUUUCUUUUAUUUUUGCCUUCCAGGGCGGUGUGCUUGGCUCUGUUUUUGUGGAUCAUGGGAAUCACUUCACCGUGAAGGACCCGGAUGGUCGUCCAAUGAUCCAGAAAUCUAUUUUGGAAGUUGUGAAUAAGAAAGAUAAGACUGGGGCCUCCUACACACGUAUUCGAUUUGAAACGCCAGAGGGACAAACACCUGGUGCCCUUAGAGACUAUACAAAAAUAAGGUUUUCAGAAGUCAAAGGAUUGUGUAAAAAGAAUGGUGAAAGUGUGAAUGGACAUGUAUUUGAUGGAGUGGUGUGUACAGGUGAUCCUCGUGAUACUGUACGUAUUUAUCCUUCUUUUGAAAGUCAAGGAUAUUCCGCAUAUGAAACGGCUGGUUUUCUUCAUGAAUUGAAAGAAGUCACUGAAUUACAAUUUCGUCCACUAAAGGAAGCACUGACAUUACCAGGAAGUUUUGUUCCUGUCAGUCCCAUGAUGGAUGGAUCAGAGGAAUCACAAUCGCAUCUUUGCUUAAUGGCAUUACUGCAUUUUGUGGAAAAACAUAAACGUUUACCCCUAUUACAUAAUGAGAAGGAGGCAAGUGAAGUACUUUCCAUUGCAAAGACACUUAACGCUGAAAAUGCAAAAGAAAAAAUGAAAUAUAAUGAAGAAGAUUUUAACGUACUUUUGCCACCAGAAAAGGAAGAAUUUCCACAUCGUCUUGCACCUCCACCAAAACCUUUUCAUUUUACAGUGGAUUCAAUAGAUGAAACUUUUAUUCAUACGCAAUCACUUAUUUCUCAAGCAGAAUUACAACCUCUUUCUGCUGUAUUCGGUGCUGUUGUGGCUCAAGAAAUUGUAAAAAUAACAGGUAGAUAUACACCUAUAUAUCAAUGGUUUCAUUUCAAUUGUGCGACUAUGCUUCCAAACAGUACAAACUAUGGUAAUUCUAACGAUUAUACUCCCAAAAAUUCUCGUUAUGAUCAUCUUAUUGCCAUGCUUGGGAAAAAAUUUCAGGAAAAAUUAGGUAAUCUUCAUAUUUUUAUGGUGGGAUGUGGUGCAUUGGGAUGUGAAAAUAUUAAAAACUUUGCUCUUUGUGGUUUGGCAUGUGGAGAGAAAGGUUCUCUUGUAGUUACCGAUAAUGAUCGUAUUGAAGUUUCAAACCUCAGUCGACAGUUUCUUUUUCGUGAAGAAAAUGUUGGACAAUCAAAAUCUGUUGCUGCAGCCGGUCGUAUGCGUAUGAUGAAUAAAGAUGCUAAAAUUGAUCCUCGUCAAGAUUAUGUAGGUCCUUCUAUGGAACAUAUCUAUCAUGAUAAGUUUUGGAAUAGUUUGGAUGUGGUGGUAAAUGCUCUUGAUAAUAUGGAAACCCGUCUCUAUGUGGAUGAUCAAUGUGUAAAGUUUAAAAAGAUUCUAGUGGAAGCUGGAACUAUGGGAACAGGAGGAAAUGUAGAUAUCAUUGUUCCUGGAAAAACAACAUCUUACUCAGAUGGUGGAGCGGCAGAUGCCUCUGGUGGUAUUCCUAUGUGUACAUUACGGAAUUUUCCUUAUAUAUUUGAUCAUUGUAUUGAAUGGGCUCGUGCACAAUUUGAUGAUUUCUUUGUUUCUCCUAUGCAAACAGUGGAACAAUUACUGGAAGACCCUAAUGCUUUCACAGAACGUAUUAAAAAAGAAAUUUCUGCAGCACAAAGUGCAGGUGAAAGAAGAAGUUUGGUAGAAAAGAAUCUUGGAUCUUUACAUACCAUACAAAAAGUUCUUUCUGUUCUUUCUGGAGGUGUAGAUAUGAAUAAAUGUGUUCAAUGUGCUUGGGAAAUGAUGUUUCUUCUCUUCCGUGAUCGUAUUAAAGAUCUUCAACGAUCAUUUCCAAAGAAUGCAAAGAAAAAGAAUGGAGAAGAUUUUUGGUCUGGUCAUCGUAAAUACCCAACAGCAUUGGAAAUAGAUCCCAAAAAAGUUACAUCUGAUCCAGAUAUUGCGGAAUUCCUUAUUGCUACUUCUAAUCUUUUCGCCAGUAUGUAUGGUUUACACCCUAUCAAACAUGAACCUCGAUUUAAUGAUCCAAAUAAUCGUUGGAUGAAACAAUACCGAUCAUUAGAUUGGUUAAACAGUGUAAUCAGCAAAUGUACAGUACCUGUUUAUCAUCCCGGAACUGUGGAAAACCUUGAUGAUGAUCUUCUAGAUACUGUUGAGAAAACUAAAGCGGGUCAAACAGAGGAAUCUAAAGAGGAACAAUUAUUAAAUAUACUUACCAGUGUAACCAAAACAGCUGAAAAGUGUCGAGAUAGAAAAAUGAUGGCAUUGGAUUUUGAAAAGGAUGAUGAUGAUAACUUUCAUAUUGAUUUUGUAACUGCCGCCAGUAAUCUUCGGGCAAAGAAUUAUGAUAUUCCUACACAAGAUCGAAUGAAAGUAAAACUCGUUGCUGGAAAGAUUAUCCCAGCUAUUUCCACUACCACAUCUGCUGUUACUGGUCUUGCCCUUAUUGAAUACUUUAAAACACUUCAAGAAAAAGAUAUUUCAUGUCUUCGUAAUGGAAUGAUUGAUGUGGGAACUAAUAAUUAUGUUCUCUUUGAACGUGAUGCCCCUAUUAAAAAUCGAACCAAGAUUGCAAUCAGUUAUCUUCCUGAACAGGAUUACACCUAUAAGAAAAAGAUUAUACGUGUGCCGGAUGGAUUUACAAAGUAUGAUGCUAUUGAAAUUCCCAUCAAUAAAAAAACUACUGUGUUAGAAUUCGCCACAAGUUUGGAAAAGAAACUCAACACCCUUUUACCUCCGAACUCUUCAUCAUGUGAAGUGAUUAGUAUAGGUGUGGGUAAAGGAAUGUUGUGGAAUGGAUCGCGUAAACACGCCAACACCAAUCGUUCAUUAAUGGAAGUUAUUGAGCAACAAAAGACGGCAGAAGCGGGUGGAAAACUUCCGUGUCCAUUUUGGCAGAAUCGUGUGCAGUUCUGUGAUCUUUCCGUUACCGUCUCGCUGGAUGAAGAGAACAUGGAAGUUGAUGAGAUUGAUGUGGAGACGGCUAUGAUACGAUUGCGUAUCACACAAUGA